ACUCAAACUCGAAUCAGCUUAUUCGUCAAUCAUCAGCGAAAAUUUUCCUGAGGUAAAAUUUCCAAAAUCUUAAGGAUGGAGAAAGAAAUGAUGCAAACAUUGGAGUGGCUUGAAGCGCAAAAGAUAGAGAUAAGCGUUGACCUAUUUGCUGCUGCCAAGCAACAACUUCAGUUCCUCGGAGUUGUUGAUAGGAACCGGUGUCUCUACGAUGGUCCUAUACUCAAAAGAGCCAUCUACAGAUACAAUGCUUUCUGGCUUCCUUUGCUAGCCAAAUAUUCCGAGUCUUCCCCGACCUUCGAAGGACCAUUAGUCCCUCCUUUUGACUGUGAAUGGGUUUGGCAUUGCCACAGGCUUAAUCCGGUGAGGUACAAGUCUGAUUGUGAGCAAUUCUACGGGAGAGUUCUUGACAAUUCCAACAUUGUAUCUUCUGAAAAUGGAAGCUGCAAAUUACAAACUGAGAAUCUAUGGAAGAGAUUGUAUCCUAUGGAGCCUUAUGAUCUUGAUUUGGAUAAGGCAAUAUCAGAGCCGGAGGAUAUCUCAACUGUUGAGAAAUGCACCACCUAUGAUCUUGUUUCGGCUGUCAAGAGGCAAAGUUCGUUUUAUUCUGAGGUUUCAAGAGCCCAUGUAGAUAGUGACACCAUUAUGCAAGAAGCUGUUGGUAGAUACAAAGCAUUUCUCUACUUGAUCAAGAGAAACCGCGAAGAGUCUAUCAAACUAAUCAGUGUUCCUACUUACGAUAUUGAUCUAAUCUGGCACACACAUCAGCUAAACCCUUCUUCUUACUACAAGGAUAUGGAAAUGAUCUUUGGUAACAUCUUACAGCAUGAUGAUGAUACAGACUCUGAUGACAUAAGCGAAGAUAAGAAGCUCGAGACUGCUUUCUCCGGAACUACUACUAAAUGGGAAGAAAUAUUUGGUCAAAGGUAUUGGAAAGCCAGCGCGGUGACGACUCCAAUUGUGUUGGCGGCUGAGAAGCCCCGUGCGGGUGCUAGGUGCUUUGCUGAGGCUGAGAAGAGUGCUGUGGGGGCUAGGUGCUUUGCGGUGGCGGCUGAGAACAAGAGUGCUAGAUGCUUUGCCGUGGCGGCUGAGAAGAAGAGUGCUAGGUGCUUUGCGGUGGCAGCUGAGAAGAAGAGUGCUAGAUGCUUUGCCGUGGCGGCUGAGAAGAAAAGUGCUAGAUGCUUUGCCGUGGCGGCUGAGAAGAAGAGUGCUAGGUGCUUUGCGGUGGGGGCUGAGAAGAAGAGUGCUAGGUGCUUUGCGGUGGCGGCUGAGAAGAAGAGUGCUAGGUGCUUUGCGGUGGCGGCUGAGAAGAAGAGUGCUAGGUGCUUUGCGGUGGCGGCUGAGAAGAAGAGUGCUAGGUGCUUUGCGGUGGCGGCUGAGAAGAAGAGUGCUAGGUGCUUUGCGGUGGCGGCUGAGAAGAAGAGUGCUAGGUGCUUUGCGGUGGCGGCUGAGAAGAAGAGUGCUAGGUGCUUUGCGGUGGCGGCUGAGAAGAAGAGUGCUAGGUGCUUUGCGGUGGUGGCUGAGAAGAAGAGUGCUAGAUGCUUUGCCGUGGCCGCUGAGAAGAAGAGUGCUAGGUGGUUUGCGGUGACGGCUGAUAACAGUGCCAGGUGCUUUGCGGUGGUGGCAGAGAAGAAGAGUGGUAGGUGCUUUGCGGAGGCGGCUGAAAAAAACGGUGCAUGUGGUAACAUGAUGAAGAAUAAUGUUAAUGAAAAUGUUGCAUUAGCAGAAGCUCUAAACAGCGCCAUUGCAGCUUAAUUACUCAAAUAAAGAAAUUGUAAUGUAUAAUACUAAUGUAAUGUGUGUAAUGUGAUCUAAAAAUGCUGUAGGAUCUUUCUUUUGUUUGUUUUUUUUAUUUCUUAAAUAUCUAUGAAAAUCUUAUCUUAAAUUUCUU